UCUGAAAAGUAUUAAAUAAAUUGCAUUAGUCUGGGUGGCUUAUAUGAACUGGUACUUGCGGCAGUACUUGUGAAUUGCGAUUAGUUUAUCGGAGAGUGGCGAUACCGAAAGACAUAAAUGAUAAUACGGAAUUCCAGUCUACGCUCAGUUAGAACAUAUACAGACAUACGAAAUAUCAAUAAAAUUGAAACUGCGAAUUCCUUAAUUCUGGACGACCUUAAAGAUACCCAAAUGGAAAGUGAUGACGAGCAACCCUCUGUCGAACAUCUUGCUCCCCAAACCUUGCUAGAAACACCUGAUACGGACGUGCAAUAUUCAAUAAAACCGUCAGAUGGUCCAGUAAUCACCUAUAGAGUUUUGCAAGUGCAAGAUGCAUCAGAAAAUUUCGUAACUAGUGGCUCCUCGUUUACCACUGCUAGUACUCUGCCUGAGGUAAUCGCAGGUGCCAGUUUGAAUGGUCCCAUUUACGUUAUCGGAAGCACUGAUGGAUAUGCUUCACCUACCGGUUCCAGACCAAUUGCACCAAGAUCAGCUAUUUUGGAAGCACCAGUUGUGGUUCAAGUUAAAAAAAAAGACGAAAAACGAAGGACUACGCACAAUGAAGUUGAAAGACGCAGACGUGAUAAAAUAAACAACUGGAUAGGGAGACUUGCAAAACUCCUGCCAGGAAAUCCACAAGAGGUAAAAGGUACUGGGCAGUAUGAUGGUCAUUCGAAAGGAGGCGUUUUGUCUAAAGCUUACGAAUAUAUAAUCGAAUUGCAAACUACAGAAUCGCGCAUGGGCAUCUAUAUAAAAGAAAAUAAGAAACUGUCGAAUGCAGUCGAGAACUUGAGGUCGACAAAUUACGCCUUAGAAGCAGAAAAUGCCGAACUUCGAGAGCUUCUUAGAAGUCAGGGAAUAGAAGUUAAAACAUCGACGUAGCUUAGGUCAAGUGUGGUUUGUUAGGAACGAUUUCACGUAGAAUUCCUUGCUUUUGCAGCAGUCCACAUGUACAUGAAGUUGAUAAAUAUUUGAAAUCUACAAGUGCAUGAAAAUCGUAUAGCACUGAAGUAAUACGAUAUCCUUUUGACUGAUUGCAAAAAUUGCAAUAUAUAUAUGGUUAUCCGUAUAUGUUCAAUUCUUUUUACAAAGAGCUGCUAAGUUUUGACCUAUUAGGAUUGAUAUAAAUCAACAUCCACUUUUAUACAGUGUUUGUUAAAGGUAUGUACACUAUUCAUUCAUUCGAUAGGUGAAAAAUACCUUUAACAGCCACCGUGGAUCGUAAUAACGAAUAAAAAAUUGCGUAGCCGUAAAAUUAUAACGAUACUGGUAGUAUGUAUAUAUCGCCUUAACAGGAAAAGCACUGAUUAAGUUAAUAUUGCCCUAUAACGAUUUUCUGCGAUAUGAGUUGCUGAUAAAUGCAAACUUAAAUUGGAUUUGUUGUCCAUUUUUUUAACUCAGUCAUUAUAUGUAUUUGUUGUAAAUUAAACGCUCAGAUAACUAUAAGCAUGCCUGUUAAGCUUGUCACAAUCACUUUAUUAAAAUCUGAAUUAAACCAGUUUUAUGUAGAACAUCGACUAUGGCUAUUAUUAUUUGACUCAAUAUACAUUCGUAUAUUCAUUCGCAUUUUUCAUACGUGUUUUCGCGUAACUUAAAAAUGACAAUAGUAAAUAUGUAGUACGGAAAAUGACGGCUUAGAUGCUUGUUACAAUUGAAAAUGUAGAAUUUAUAUUGCGAGAAUUUCGUAAAACAGCUUAGUUUUCCUCGUUCCUUCGCGUUAUAUACAGAAACGUCAAUGUUUCAGAUUAUUUUGGUUUCUAUUAAUUGUACGAGUUGUUUAUUAUUUUAUAAGACUUAGGUGACAUAUCUUUUCUAUUUUUUGUUAUGUGGUAUUUUUAUUGCCUAGUUAUAUAACAUAUAUUUAUUAAAGGUAAAUCUAGUUUAUAUUCUAUGUUAACUAACAAUGUGCAUUGUUACUAACUAGCAACUAAAGUUCUGUUAAUAAAACAUUCAAUGAUA